GUCAACGGUUCGAGAACAAAGUUUUAAUAUAAAGAAUUCUUUUAUUUUUUAUUUGCCUAAUACAAACAGGAAAAAAUGGUCGAAAAACUAUGGAAAACUGCUGGAAUAGUUUCUCUCAUAGGGUUUUUAUGCUAUGUCAACUCGCUAGAAGGAGAUUUUGUUUACGAUGAUAGCCGUGCAAUUGUGCAAAAUGCAGACAUCUUACCAAGCACACCUUGGACAAAUCUUUUGUUUAAUGAUUUCUGGGGCACACCAUUAAAACACAGCGGCAGUCAUAGGUCUUAUCGUCCUUUGUGUGUUGCAUCGUUUCGUCUCAAUUACUAUCUGGCUGGUCUUAACCCGUGGGGUUACCAUCUGGUUAAUGUUCUUCUCCACUGUGGUGUCACCAUCAUGGUGGUUGUUGCAGCCAACAUAGUUUUUAAAGAAAAUAUUGCAGUUUUUGUUGCAGGAGUGUUGUUCUCUGUUCAUCCAAUUCAUACUGAGGCAGUAUCUGGGUUGGUUGGUCGUGCAGAUGUUGGUGCAGGAUCUUUCUACCUCGCUUCUUGGUUAAGCUAUCAUCGCGGCUGUCCCAGGAAUGAUGCAAGCACGAGAUGGUCAUGGAUAAUCCUGAGUAUGGUGUUUGCAGCGCUCAGUAUGCUCACCAAAGAACAAGGAUUAACUGUGAUCGGUGUAUGCUUGCUGUACGACGUCGUUAUCAUAGCAAGAAUACGGCUUCAGAAUUUUGAUCUCUCUGUGAAGAAGGCGAGGAAGAAUGGACUCAUGAAAAGAAUCACUGUACUCUUAACCACAGCCAGCAUACUUCUUGCGGCUAGAAUGCUAUUAAUGAACAACGCCCCGCCAUCAUUUUCAGCCUCGGACAAUCCUGCGGCAAAUUCCGACAGCUUUUUAACAAGAAUACUGACUUUUUUAUAUCUUCCAGCCAUGAACUUUUGGCUUUUAAUAUUUCCACAUACACUAUGCUUCGACUGGUCUAUGACAAGCAUACCCUUGGUGGAAAGUUUAAACGAUGUAAGAAAUCUUUUUUCCUUCGUGUUUUACGCAUUUUUUUCACUUUUUAUAACACUUUGUAUCAAAGGAAUUUUACAAGAAGAGGAGAAGACUGAACAGGCUGGGAAAUCGGCCCCAAAAAACCUUAAAAACACCACGAAAAUAUCUGGUGUUAGAAACAGACGAAUUUUGAGAAAAACAAAUGGAAAUGUUGGUAAUUUAUACUCGAGCAAUAGUUCAGGAAAUAAUGUCCUGAAAACGGGGGAAAAAAUGAAGGAAAGUGAAGAUGUUAAUCCUCCAGGCGACUGUAUUGUGCUGAGCACAAAUGAAAGAGCGAUUUUAUCGCUAGCAUUUAUGGUAUUUCCUUUCAUCCCGGCUACAAAUCUCUUUUUUUAUGUUGGAUUCGUAAUUGCGGAGCGUGUCUUGUACAUGCCCAGCAUAGGAUUCUGUCUAUUAUUUGCGCAUGGUUUUAACAUGUCGUGGAAAUCUAGUGGAAAGUUUUUGAGAAUUCUGCUUGCAGCGAUCACGUGUAUCUAUCUCGUGUUACUGUCGGCCCGAACUGUUCGGAGAAACAUCGACUGGAGAUCGGACGAGAAUCUGUAUCGCUCGGGAAUUGCCGUAAAUCCGAGCAAGGCUUGGAGCAACCUUGGUAAUAUCUUAAAGGGGCAGGGUAAGAUCAACGAGGCAGAAAAAGCGUACAAGAAAUCUAUCGAGCACAAAUGGAGCGCGGAUACCUGGUAUAACUUAGGUUUGUUGUAUCAGGAGCAGAAAAGAUUUAACGAAAGCAUGAAAUGUUAUCAACAGGCUAUAGAUUUGAGACCGAGGUUUGUGCUACCGUAUCUAAACAUGGGAGUAGUUCUGGAAAGUUUGAAUGAAAGAGAACAAGCGUUGGAGAUUUUAAUACAAGCAACGCACCUGGACGGAGUAGGCUUGAAGAAUCCGAAACAACACAAAUAUGGCGUAGCAGCAGCGAAAUAUCACAGAGGACGAAUACUGGCAGAUAUGAAACAAACCGAUGAAGCUAUUCAAGUUUACCGCGAAGCCGUCGAAACAAGACCAGAAGAAUUCCCUCCACACAGUCUAUACAACCUGUUAGGUGAAGCUCUGUAUACAAAAGGAAAUUUUCAAGAAGCUGAGCUGUGGUACAGGAACUCGCUGAAAUCAAAACCGAAUCACAUACCAGCAUUUCUAGCCUUAGCUAAACUCGUAUCCAGGUUUCCAGAACGUUCCACGGAAGCUGACGAUCUCUAUAAGAAAGCAUUAGAACUGGAACGCAAGAACGCAGACAUCUACAUUCACUAUUCAAAGCACCUGGAAAAUCAUAAUCAAGAGAAAUCCGCUGCAAAGAUGAUGAGAGACGCAGUGAAAAUGUUUCCCGAAAACUUCGACGUUGUUGCCAUUUCAGCGGACCUACACCGUAAGAUUGACGACUACCAUCUAGCGCAACAGUACUACGAGAGAGCCGCUGAACUCAAUCCUACGUUACCGUCGGCUCUGAUGAACCUGGGCGCAAUGUACCACCUGACCAUGAAGUUUGAUCUAGCGGAAAAGUAUUACAUGAAGACACUAGAAUUGGCUCCGAAUGACCAAUCUACUAUGGAUAAUCUGAAGAAGCUCCGUGACACCGUUAAGAAAAAGGAAAAGCGAUGAAAUAAGAGCCAAGAUAGGAUAUUCAUUCUUUCUCGGGGUUUUUACCCCAUAUCCUGAGGCCGAUAUUACUAGGCUAAUAACCCCGGUGUAUGGUGGACUAGUUUGGCAAACCUGUUUCACUUCAAUUCGUGUCUACGUUUUAAACGUUUAGAACUAUUUGAAGAUAGUAUAAAGUUAUGAAAUAUUGAACAAAUAGAUGACAAAAUAUUUGAUAUUUAUCAUAGAAUAUAAACCUAUUUAUAUCAAUUUCUCUACAGACGUAAUUAUGUGAUUUUAUAAAAAUAUA